GGAUUGGAGACCCCUUUAAUUUGAGACACACCUUACCCAAAUAGCACGUUUAAUGAUAAGAUUUGGUAUUCCUUGUCGAAAUCUCGAGCAUAAAUGAAAAUCAUUGUAGUUAUUUUAACUGUGUUUUUAGUUUGAGAAGGAAUCAUGAGAAGUACGUGCAGUUUCAUAGUGUGUGCAAGAGGUCUUCAAUGUCGGAGAAAGAAGAAAAAGGUGUUCUUCCAGGGAGUUUAUCUGGCGGACCACACGGUCUAGGCGAUCCUGAUGAUAAAAGUUUGCGGCGUGUGGAAACUGAGGUUAUUAUUCCCAAGAAGGUACGAGACAAAGCAAGAAUAGAAAAAUGUACAGAUUUAGUAGCAGUAUUUUCUAAAUGUGGAAAAGACAAUGGUUUGCUGUUUCCAUUUAAAUGUAGAGAAGAAAAUGCCAAAAUGCAAGAAUGUUUAACAGUAUGGUAUAAAGACAAAGACUUUGUAGCCCAAUGUACGGAGGAAUAUUUAGAAGAGAGAACCGACUAUAGAAGGACAGGCAUAAAACAGAAGUUUAAGAGAAUGCAUUAACUUUCAAAAUGUGGAGUUCAAGUAUAAAUCUGUAAAUAGGACCGACCAAGGUGUUUAUUCAUCUAUAGAUUCUUAGCAGCCUAAGAACUGAUAUACUGUAUCUCUGUGGUCAGCUGACAAGAUAACUCAUCCAGUUUAUCUUAUUGAAAAUGGCUCAACACUAAAAUCCAAUGAUAUUGAUUCACAUUAAGCAGAGGAAAUAUCCCAGAAUUCAUAUAGGUGACCCUAUCCCCAUGUAAAUAUAAACUAAAUACCUCAUAAAUCAUAGAUGAACUUCUAAAGGGCCUUUAAUUUGGAGAUAGGGUCAUCUAUGAGUUCUGGGGUGUCCCCCUUUUACUAGAUUGCAUAAAGUUAAUUAGGGACAAUAUUUCUUAAAUGUAUGUAGUGAAAUACACUCUGGAAACAUGUUAUGUUGUCACCUAUGAUUGGUUAAGUGGUUACAAAGCAAUAAUAAGUUGGUGGAAAAUCCAAUAUACUGUACUCCCAGUUAAUUUUGCGAGUUUUAAUUUCGUGAAUUUUGAGAAAACACAAUGUUGCGACUAAUAAAUUUCGCGGAUUUCA